AUGGAUAAGCCGUAUGACGAAACGGUUGACGUGCCAGAUUCCGAAGAUAUAGCGACACCACGACUGCAACAGUCUAUUGCUGAGAAUCUUGAUAGAUUUCGAGACUCUCAUGAAGAGAUUAGUAAAGCAUUAAGAAAAUCAGCGAAUGAAUUAUCAAAUAAAUCUAUUAAAAUUGAACCAAAAUCACUCAUUGGGAGGAAGUUGAGCAGUAAAAAAUUAACUGGUCAAGAUAGUUCUAACGAUGACGAUGAUGAUGAUGAUGAAGAGGAGGAGGAGGAAGAGGAGGAUGACGAUGAAGACGAUGAAGAUAACGAUGAUGAAGGUGACGAAAAUGGUAAUAUGCCUGAUGUUAUUGAAGGCGCAUACAAUCCAGCCGAUUUUGAACAUUUAAGUGUAUCGUCUGAAAUUAAAGAAAUAUUUGAAUAUAUUCAAAGAUAUACACCACAAACAAUUGAACUGGAAACUAAAUUGAAACCAUUCAUUCCUGAUUAUAUACCAGCUGUUGGAGAUAUUGAUGCCUUUUUAAAAGUGCCUAGACCAGAUGGUAAACCAGAUUAUUUAGGUUUAUUAGUUUUGGAUGAACCAUGUGCUAAUCAAUCUGAUCCAACAGUACUUGAUUUACAAUUAAGAGCUUUGUCAAAACAAAUUGCAAUGAAACAAGUUACAGUUCGAAGUCUUGAAAACGCUGAACAAAAUACAAAAGUCAUAGAAAAUUGGAUUAAAAGUAUAACUGAUUUGCACAGAGCAAAACCUGCACCGACUGUACAUUAUACAAGAAACAUGCCAGAAAUAUCUGAACUGAUGGCCGUAUGGCCAUCAUCUUUUGAAGAAAGUAUAAAUACUAUGCAACUACAAAUUUCACAAUUGGAUUGUAGUUUGAAAGAUUAUGUAGAUAUUAUUUGUGCACUUUUAGACAUUCCAGUUUACAAUAAUCGAAUACAUUCACUACAUUUAUUAUUUUCUUUGUAUAUGGAAUUUCAAAAUUCUCAACAUUUUCGUCAAAAUGAAUCUGCUGUGACCUGA